AAUAUAAGAAAAAAUUUAAAAAAAAAAAAAACUUUAGUAAAAACUUCAAUGAUUAUUAAAAAUAAUAUUUAUACGGCACUGUGGUUCAUUCUAGCCCUUUAAAAUCUAAGACAGUUGUUUUAUAUCGUGUCAACUAAUUAUAUCUGAUAAACUCAUUAGAGUGUACCACAGCGUAUGAUGAAUGUAGGUGGUAUAGCACAAAAGUGGUGUCAAGAAGGUGGCUGACACGUAUUCAAAUUAUUGAAAUGAUUGAAAGUGUAUCUCGUAGAGCAUUGAGUGGCUCCAGUGGGAGCUACCACGUUCGUGGUGCUGAAUUAGCACGAAACCGUAGGUUAAAAUCUUUAUCUGCAACAGUUAUUUUUCUUGAUGAUUCUCAACAUACAUUUCAACUGGAUAAAAGAGCAAAAGGACAAACCUUAUUAGAUUUGGUGUUUCAUCACUUAGAACUUGUGGAGAAAGAUUAUUUUGGCCUACAAUAUUCAGAAAAUGGUACUACAGCAACAACCACAGCAACAACAACAACAACUACAACAACAACAACAGCUACAACUACACCAGAUACGAUGAGAUGGUUAGACCCUACAAAACCAAUGAAGAAGCAGAUAAGAAGUAAGGGUGGACAAUUUUUUUUCAGAGUAAAAUUUUAUGUAUCAGACCCUAGUAAGCUACAAGAAGAAUAUACCAGAUAUCAGUUUUAUUUACAAAUACGAAAGGAUAUUCUUCUAGGAAAACUACAAGUACCACCAAGUACUGCUUGUCUUAUAGCAAGUUAUACUGUUCAGUCAGAAUUAGGCGAUUAUCAUCCAGAUGAACAUGGGCCAGGAUAUCUUUCACAUUUACAAUUAAUACCAGGACAAACAGAAGAGAUGGAGAAAAAAAUCGCGGAGUUACAUAAACUUCAUAAAGGGCAAUUACCAGCUGAUGCAGAAUUUAAUUUUUUGGAUCAUGCAAAACGGCUUGAUAUGUAUGGAGUAGAAUUACAUAAAGCAAGGGAUUCAACAAAUAAAGAAAUACAAUUAGGUGUUACGUCAAUAGGUUUAGUAGUAUUUCAAAAUGGUAUAAAAAUUAAUGUAUUUUCAUGGUCUAAAAUUGUAAAAAUUUCAUUCAAACGUAAACAAUUUUUUAUACAACUUAGAAGAGAACAGUCAGAAAACUAUGAUACUUUAUUAGGAUUCAAUAUGCAAACUUAUCGUAGUUCUAAAAAUUUAUGGAAAGCUUGUGUCGAACAUCAUACAUUCUUUAGACUUCACAGUCCAAAAUUACGACCAAGGCGAUUUCCACUUACAUUAAGUAGUAGAUUUACUUAUUCAGGACGUACAGAAUUUCAAACUGUUGAAGAUGGAAAACACAGGGCACGAGUUGAAAGAACAUUCAUCAGAUCUCCAAGUAAACGUUUGGUACAUGGUGUUGCAACUGCUCCUAUUAUCGAAGAUAAAGGAAAAAUUAUAAUUCCACCUGGUAGACCGCCUCGACCUUAUGAUAAUAAGGUGCAAUCUUUAGGUGCUCGUGAACCUCGACAAGCGUGGGGCGAAGGGAACCAAAGUGAUGACGAAGGUGGUUUUUUGUCUCUUAGAGAAGAUUUAACAGGAACUCAUACACAAAACAAUGCAUUUUCUCCAAUGUUAGGGUCUCGAGUACUUAGUUAUGCAGAUGAUGAUACAAUUAUUGAAAAGAAUAUUUAUGAUCUUCCUGACUACAGUGAACCAACAAGUUCGCCACCUCCGCAGAUAUUGGAAGAAGGAUUAGUUACAAUAACAUUGACACCUGACGAACAAGGCCGUUUUGGUUUUAAUGUAAAGGGUGGAUUAGAUCUUGAUAUGCCUAUUUUAGUAUCUCGGGUUGCACCAAACACGCCUGCUGAUCGUUAUUAUCCAAAAUUGAAUGAAGGAGAUCAAGUUGUUUUUAUUAAUGGGAUUGAUGUAAAUGGUUUACUGCACGAACAUGUUGUGAAUUUGAUUCGCCAGUCACGUGAUUCUGGUACAGGAGAACUUACAUUAACAGUUAGACCUAACGCAUUGUAUAACGCAUUAGCUGGAACUGAUGAAACAUCUGAAGAAGAACCUCCUUACAGGUAUGUACCUGAUGCACCACAUGCAGCCGUUGGUUCUGAUGCAUUAGCGCAAUCAAUGUUGCUUCUUGCCGAUGGUCUUGCUAGUGGAGCCUUAAUUGCACAAUACGAACAAUUAUAUAGAAAAAAUCCUGAAUUGACGUCUCUCGAAUCUAAGAAACCAGAGAAUCAGAACAAAAAUCGUUAUCGUGACAUUUCACCAUAUGAUGUUACGAGAGUUAUUUUGAGAUCCGGAAAUGGUAAUUACAUCAACGCCAAUUAUGUAAAUAUGGAAAUACCAGGAUCAGGAAUUAUUAACAGAUAUAUCGCUACACAAGGGCCUUUGUCAACCACCGUUGCAGAUUUCUGGCAAAUGGUUUUAGAAGCUGAUAGUACUCUCGUUGUAAUGUUAACAACUUUAGUUGAACGAGGUCGAGCAAAAUGUCAUCAAUAUUGGCCUGCUGUAAAUGAAACUCUUAGUUUUAGAAAUCUUACACUUAAAUGUACGGUAGAAAAUGUAGAAGAUACGUUCAUUUUUCGUGAGUUUAUACUUAGGGACAUUAAUAAUGGGGAAGAAAGGGAUAUAACACAUAUGCAAUAUUGCAGUUGGCCAGAUCAUGGUGUACCCAGUGAUUGGAAACAAUUUACUACGUUUACAGAAAAAGUUAGAGCAGCACGUACAGGCAUGGUAGAGCCAGCUGUUGUUCAUUGUUCUGCUGGAAUAGGCAGAACAGGAGUUUUGGUAUUAAUGGAAACUGCAUUAUGCCUUAUCGAAGCCAACCAACCAGUUUAUCCAUUGGAUAUCGUACGUUCUAUGCGCGAUCAAAGAGCAAUGAUGAUCCAGAAUGCUAGUCAAUAUAGAUUUGUAUGUGAAGCGGUUCACAAAGCUUACAACGAGGGUAUAGCUAAACCACUACCAGAAUUCAGUAGAUGAAGAUAAAUAUAAAACACAUUUUAAUUGUUUACUCUUUAAUAUCUCUUAGUAAAGUUACAAUUUCUAAUCUUGAUAUAACAUAAAUUUGUUCUUUUUUUUUUAUAGAAAAAUUAACUAAUACAAAAAUCAUUAAGGUUUUUAAGUUUUCGGUGCAUUAUAUAUACAUAUAUACGCAAUCAUGCGUAAAUAUAUACAUCACUAUUGAAAAUUUGAACAA